AUGGAUAAUACUAUUGUUCUCUUCACACUAAGCUUUCUUCUUGUAUCUUCAAAUGGCAUCAUGUCACAGCAGAAUUAUUCAGGAAACUCAGUACUAAGUUGCAGCAACAACGACGCAGAGGGUCCUUCUUCAGAUUUCCUAUACACCUGCAAUGGAUUCCAAAAAUCUUGCUUAACCUUUCUCAUAUUCAAAUCCCAAACUCCUCACAACACCAUUGCCACAAUCUCCAACCUCACUUCCUCAAACCCAGAGGACCUUGCAAGGUUCAACAACGCCACUCAUUCCACACUGUUCCGAACCGGCAAAGAAGUCAUUGUCCCUCUCAAUUGUUUUUGUCCAACCAGAGAACAUGAUGAUGAUUAUGAUGAGUACUAUCAAGCCCAAACCACAUACGUUCUGCCAAAAGAUCCAACAUAUUUUAUAACAGCAACUGAUACCUUUCAGGGAUUAACCACGUGCGAUUCUCUCCAGCGUUACAAUCCUUAUGGGGUUCUUGAUUUGCAUCCUGGCAUGGUGUUGCACGUGCCCCUCAGAUGUGCUUGUCCGACGGCGCGUCAAGCCGGUAGCGGCACCAAGUCUUUGCUGACCUACUCGGUUAAUUGGGGUGAUAACGUCUCUAAUAUCGCAACACGGUUCCAUGUCAACGCAAGUAGUAUGGUUGAUGCCAAUGGUUUAUCCUCAGAAAAUGAAAUGCUCUAUCCAUUCACAAUUGUCCUGAUUCUAUUAACAAGUGAACCCAACAGCACAAUAACCAAAGUUCAAAAUGGUCAACCACCUUCUCCAACUACUCUUUACACUGUAAGAAAGGAUAAGACAAAGACAAAAAGAAAAAGAAUCAUAGUUGCUCUUACUUCCUCUGCAAGCUUCUUGUUUUUUCUGUUUGUCGUUUUAUCUCUCGUGUUUGUGCGUAGAAAGAGAUUAGAAAUUUUCUUCAGGGGAGAUAGAAGAGGCAGAACAAAGCAAGUGUUUUCAGAACAAAUACGUGAAGGGUUAGCAAGCAUUGAGCUUCUUUCCAAAGUGUACAAGUUUGAUGAAAUUAAAGAAGCACAUGAGAAUUUCAGUGCAAGCAACAGAACCAAAGGCUCUGUCUACCCUGGGGUAUUUGGUAAGGAGAGGGAAACCAUGGCGAUCAAGAAGAUGAAUUUCGGUGCCUCUAAGGAAGUGAAUUUGUUAGGAAGGAUCAAUCAAUUCAACCUGAUAAAGCUGGAAGGUUACUGGGAAAAAGAUGGAUCCUUCUAUCUUGUUUUUGAGUACAUGGAAAAUGGUUGUUGA